AUGCUAGGAGGGACACCCAAGUGUGCCAGGUGCAACGGCGCCGUGUAUCACGCAGAGCAGGUUAUGGGUCCUGCCAGGAAGAUCUACCACAAGCUUUGCCUGAAGUGCGAGCAAUGCGGCAAGCGUCUCGACCCAGGCAACCUCGUUAGCCACGACGAGAAGCUGUUCGGCACGAGGGAUCUCCGCAACGCCAACCACCUUCCGUCCACCCCGCCCCGUGCACCUAGACCCGUCCAGGAGCCUGAGCCAGUCGUCUCAUCACCUCGCCGCAACCUUCCGCCAGUCAAGGACUAUUACGUUCCCCCGCCUGAACUUGACAUCGAGUCACCUCCGCCUUCUUCAGUCCUGAACGCCUCUACGAGCUCAGCUCGCAGCACCAUCUCCAUCCCUCUGACUGCCGCGAGUGCUUCCACUCUCGCCGCCAGCCCUGGCCGAACAGGCAGCCCUCUCGCGCGGAGCCCCGGCACACCCCGGGCAGCUACGUUUGGAACCAGCCCCGGUACACCGACUACGGGGCGCUUUGGCAGUCCCGCGCCCGACUCUCCUUCCAGUGUGAGAGCGGACUUCAGAAGCUCCAAGCCCAUUCCAGCCGGGGUUUCUGCCAGCACGAAGUUCACAACUGAUGGUGUCAUGAGGAGAGCCGAUUCUCCUGCAAGCAAGAUUGGAGGUCGACCUGACUUCGAGGACAGGUGCCAGGGCUGCCAGAAGAGGGUCUACGCUGCAGAGCAAGUCGUUGCUCUCGGAAGCAAGUGGCACAGGGGUUGUUUGCGGUGCACGAGCUGCGGAACGACUGUGAACCCGUCAAGAGUCAGCGAGCACAAUGGUCAGCCGUGGUGCAAGAACUGUUACGCUCGAGAGCACGGCCCGGAAGGUCUUCUGGGGAAGAGAUAG